AUGAGCCUGCUGAACAGGUUGUCAUAUUCUACUCACUGCAUCGUCUGUUGCGGUGUGCGAGAAAACUUGUGCAGGUCGCACUUGAAUGUCUCCAAGCGUAUCAACCCACAGUCUGAGCCCCCCCUUGCUGGGAAUCCAACUGAUGGCAAUGCCCCCUGCACUCAACUCAGCAGCCUUCCGUACUCUUCAAGAAGCUUCAACCUCAAAGACUCGUGCAACCUGUCACGCCUUGCGACCGAAGAGAAGGAACAGAGAGAAACGUGGAAAGGCGCAGGUAAAACCAGGAAGGCAACAGUGAACAUGAACAUGAAAAGCGUAUGGGCGCUCAAAUGGCUCGGUCCUGCGCUGCACGCAUUCCGUGAAGAGAAGAGAGCGUUCCAUGUGACGUGGCACAUCGCCCAAGAAACAGAAGAAAAGAGGCACGACGUCAACUUAUGGUUUAGUUGCAGCAGGUGUGGUGACCUAGAUGACAUCCUACCUGGGACAACAGAUGGCCGAAGAUGUGCUACCUUGAAGUAUACUCUGCGCUUUGACUUCCAACAAUCGGCCGCCUCUGUCUGCAAGCUUUGUAUGCUAUGUUAUUAA